CUUGCACGCCGCACCGCGGAUGAAUAUGACUUGCACGUCGAAACGCGUGUGUAUAAAGAUUCCGGUCUAUUAAAAGGAAGUUCCUUUCCUUUUUCCUGCGUCAGAGAGCAGAGGGGACACUAAUUUGGUUGCAUUUUAUUCAAGAAGAACCCCACACAACAAUCAAGAUGCCUGAAGAAAUGCACCAAGAGGAGGAGGCCGAGACCUUUGCCUUCCAGGCAGAGAUUGCUCAGCUGAUGUCCCUGAUCAUCAACACAUUCUACUCUAACAAAGAGAUCUUCCUCAGGGAGUUGAUCUCCAAUGCCUCUGAUGCAUUGGACAAAAUUCGCUAUGAAAGCCUGACUGAGCCCACAAAGCUGGACAGCGGCAAGGAUCUGAAAAUUGACAUCAUUCCCAACAAAGCUGACCGCACCCUCACCCUCAUCGAUACUGGAAUUGGCAUGACCAAAGCCGACUUGAUCAACAACCUGGGAACCAUUGCCAAGUCUGGUACCAAAGCCUUCAUGGAGGCUUUGCAGGCUGGAGCUGACAUCUCCAUGAUUGGUCAGUUUGGCGUGGGUUUCUACUCUGCUUACCUUGUUGCUGAGAAAGUGGUCGUCAUCACCAAACACAAUGAUGACGAGCAGUACGCCUGGGAGUCCUCUGCUGGUGGCUCCUUCACAGUCAAGGUUGACAAUGGAGAGCCCAUUGGCCGUGGAACAAAGAUCAUCCUGCAUUUGAAGGAGGACCAAACUGAGUACAUCGAGGAGAAGAGGGUGAAGGAAAUAGUGAAGAAGCACUCUCAGUUCAUUGGCUACCCAAUCACCCUCUUUGUGGAGAAGGAGCGCGACAAGGAGAUCAGCGACGACGAGGCUGAGGAAGAGAAGCCAGAGAAGGAUGAAAAGGAAGAAGCCGAGGACGACAAGCCCAAGAUUGAAGAUGUUGGCUCUGAAGAUGAGGAAGACUCCAAAGACAAGGACAAGAAGAAGAAAAAGAAGAUCAAGGAGAAGUACAUCGACCAGGAGGAGCUGAACAAGACCAAGCCCAUCUGGACCAGGAACCCUGAUGACAUCACCAAUGAGGAGUACGGGGAGUUCUACAAGAGUCUCACAAAUGACUGGGAGGACCACCUGGCUGUGAAGCACUUCUCCGUGGAAGGCCAGCUUGAGUUCCGUGCCUUGCUCUUCAUUCCCCGUCGUGCACCUUUUGACCUCUUUGAGAACAAGAAAAAGAAGAAUAACAUCAAGCUGUACGUCAGGAGAGUCUUCAUCAUGGACAACUGUGAAGAGCUCAUCCCGGAGUACCUGAACUUUGUUCGUGGCGUGGUGGACUCUGAGGAUCUGCCCCUGAACAUCUCCAGAGAGAUGCUGCAACAAAGCAAGAUCCUGAAGGUCAUCCGUAAGAACAUUGUCAAGAAGUGUCUGGAGCUCUUUGCAGAGCUGGCUGAGGACAAGGAGAACUACAAGAAAUUCUAUGAAGGCUUCUCAAAGAACAUCAAGCUGGGCAUCCAUGAGGAUUCCCAAAACCGCAAGAAGCUGUCAGAGUUGCUCCGCUACCACAGCUCACAGUCUGGAGAUGAGACAACGUCCCUCACAGAGUACCUUACCCGCAUGAAGGACAACCAGAAGUCCAUCUAUUACAUCACUGGUGAAAGCAAGGACCAGGUGGCCAACUCUGCCUUUGUGGAGCGCGUCCGCAAGCGUGGCUUCGAGGUCCUCUACAUGACCGAGCCCAUUGACGAGUACUGUGUGCAGCAGCUGAAGGAAUUUGACGGCAAGAGCCUGGUCUCUGUCACGAAAGAGGGCCUGGAGCUCCCAGAGGAUGAGGAGGAGAAGAAAAAGAUGGAGGAGGACAAGGCCAAGUUUGAGAACCUCUGCAAGCUCAUGAAGGAGAUCCUGGACAAGAAAGUAGAGAAGGUCACCGUUUCCAACCGCCUGGUGUCGUCGCCCUGCUGCAUCGUGACCAGCACUUACGGCUGGACUGCCAACAUGGAGAGGAUCAUGAAGGCCCAGGCCCUCAGGGACAACUCCACCAUGGGCUACAUGAUGGCCAAGAAGCACCUGGAGAUCAACCCGGAUCACCCCAUCGUGGAAACUCUCCGUCAGAAGGCAGAGGCGGACAAGAACGACAAGGCAGUCAAGGAUCUGGUGAUCUUGCUGUUUGAGACUGCUCUGCUGUCCUCCGGUUUCUCUCUGGAUGACCCCCAGACUCACUCCAACCGUAUCUACAGAAUGAUCAAGCUUGGUCUUGGUAUUGAUGACGACGAUGCCCCCAUUGAGGAGGCCACCUCUACAUCAGUCCCAGAUGAGAUCCCUCCACUAGAAGGCGACGGUGAUGACGAUGCCUCACGCAUGGAAGAAGUUGAUUAAACAAACGUCCAGAUUUCUAUCACUUGGCCUCACGUUUCAAUUGUUCAUCCUUUUAAACUGCAGUAACUUUAAAAUGGUUAUUCAUGUCGUUUGGUGGACCAGUUGUUGCUCUUGUCGUCGAGCAUUUAUCCGCAAGACCUUUUUUUGAAGAGAAGCAGUUUUGUUUUUUUUGCUGUAAAAGUUAAUGGUGACGGCACAUUCGUUUUAUCAAAGUACCCUCUUGCACUGAGUUUUAAAUGUAGGGAGUAAACAUCGGCGAUUGCUACAUUCCAUUAUCUGGUCUGGGGACUGUUUUGGGUGGGUUCUGCUCAUUGGCAACGCUGCAUGGAGAGAGAAGACCAACUAAGAUUCCUUUGCCCGAGUCCAGGCUUGUCUGUAUUCCAAGUAUUGUUUUGCAAAAAAUAAAAGAUGCAAUACCGUAAA